AAUAAGUAGAAAAUAAAUGAUGGAUUGUCAUUAGCCACCUGACAAGAUCUCAUCAUUCAACUCCCUAUAUUAAUAUCCCCACAUCUUUAGUUCAAUUCCAUCUCACAUCUCUCUCUCUCUCUUUCUCUCCACAAUAAUCCAUUUCUCAUCUGUGUGCUUUUGCUUAAUUUCUUAUCUACUCAGAAAUAUCAACGCCUUUUUUUUCUUCUCUUCUCUGUUUUCUUUUAAAUCUUACAAGAAGAUCAAAACUUUGGAGCUAAAAUCUCCACUGGUAAAAGAUCUUGCAUAGGAAAGUUCUUGUGAUGAUGACGGGAAAAGAAGAUCUGGGUUUGAGCCUAAGCUUAGGAUUCUCACAAAAUCACAAUCCUAUCCAGCUGAAUCUGAAUCCUAAUUCGUCCAUAUCCAACAAUCUCCAGAGAUUUCCAUGGAACCAAACAUUCGCUUCUUCACCAGAUCUUGGCAAAAUAGACGUGAACAGUCUUCCAUCGACGGUGGAUUGCGAGGAGGAAGCGGGAGUUUCGUCUCCAAACAGUACGAUCUCGAGCACCAUAAGCGGGAAGAGGAGUGAAAGAGAAGGAAUCUCCGGCACCGGCGAUGACCACGACGAGAUCACUCCGGAUCGAGGCUACUCACGUGGAACCUCUGACGAAGAAGAAGACGGCGGCGAAACGUCGAGGAAGAAACUUAGAUUAUCUAAGGAUCAGUCUGCUUUUCUCGAGGAGACUUUUAAGGAACACAACACUCUCAAUCCCAAACAGAAACUAGCGUUGGCUAAGAAAUUGGGCUUGACAGCAAGACAAGUGGAGGUGUGGUUCCAGAACAGACGAGCUAGAACAAAACUAAAGCAAACGGAGGUGGAUUGUGAGUACUUGAAACGGUGCGUUGAGAAGCUGACGGAAGAGAAUCGGCGACUACAGAAAGAGGCUAUGGAGCUUCGAACUCUAAAGCUGUCUCCACAAUUCUACGGCCAAAUGACUCCACCAACUACACUCAUCAUGUGUCCAUCGUGCGAGCGCGUGGCUGGGCCGUCAUCGAACCAUCACCACAAUCCCAGACCCGUGUCGACCAAUCCGUGGGUUGCAUGUGCUGGUCAGGUGGCUCAUGGGCUGAAUUUUGAAGCCUUGCGUCCACGAUCGGUCAUUGUAGUUUUGAAUGAUUGGCCUUUCCCAAGUUCUAGUGCUGCUUAUCCAGAUGCUACAUCACUUGAUGUCUCGUCUGGUUUCUACCUCAUUUCGAUCUCAACCUUCAUACCUCUCAACUCUACGAAUUUCCACAACACUCUCAGCCGCCGAGAGAUUAUACGACCAUCUUCAGGGAUGCACGAGCAAUCUCGAGAAGGAAUUAGCAUCGGCAAAGGAACUCAAUCGGGACACAGGCACAGCCCUUAUAUGUAUAGCAAAGCUUGCGACUUUCUUGAGAUUAGAGCAAACCCAGAUCUGAUCAAGGACGUUGUUGAAUCCUAUCAGAAAGAGGGAUGCUUUGUUAGUGUUAAGACGAUGAAGAUCGUCCUGUCUCUGUGUAACCAAGCCAAACUCGCUGAUGAGGCAUUGUGGGUACUGCGGAAAUUUCCGGAAUUUGGUUCAUGCGCAGACGCCGUUGCGUAUAAUUUGGUGAUUAGGUUGUUUGCUGAUAAAGGAGAUUUGAAUAUGGCUGAGAAUUUGAUGAAAGAGAUGGAUUGUAUUGAUCUCUGUCCAGAUGUGAUCACUUACACAUCAAUGAUCAAUGGGUUUUGCAAUGCGGGUAAGAUAGAUGAAGCUUUGAAGUUGGCUAAGGCCAUGAGUAAACACGGAUGCGUGCUUAACACCGUGACGUACUCGAGGAUUGUGGAAGGAGUUUGCAAGUCUGGCGACAUGGAGACAGCGUUGGAGCUUUUGGCAGAGAUGGAGAAAAAAGACGGUACUGGUGUGUUUAUUACUCCGAACGCUGUUACUUACACUUUGGUGAUUCAAUCGUUUUGUGAGAAGAAGAGGGUUCGUGAGGCGUUGAUGGUAUUGGAUAGAAUGAUAGAUCGAGGAUGCUCGCCGAAUCGUGUUACUGCUAGUGUUUUGAUUCAAGGGCUUUUGGAGAAUGGUGAGGAUGUUAAGGAUCUUUCUAAGUUGAUUGAUAAGUUGGUGAAACUCGGCUGUGUUUCUCUCUCGGAUUGUUUUAGUUCAGCUACUGUGUCGCUGAUCCGUUUGAAAAGAUGGGAAGAGGCUGAGAAGAUGUUCCGUGAGAUGUUGGUCCGUGGGGUUAGACCUGAUGGUCUUGCGUGCAGUCUUGUUCUCAGGGAGCUCUGUUUGUUGGAAAGGUAUCACGAUUGUUUCCUUCUGUAUGAAAAAAUCGAGAAGGCCGAUGUGAUAUCGACGAUAGACACGGAUAUACACUCUGUUCUUUUGCUCGGUCUAUGUAAACAGGGGAGUUCUUGGGAAGCUACUAAGCUUGCGAAAUCGAUGCUUGAUAAGAAAAUGAGACUGAAAGUUUCUCAGGUUGAGAAAAUCAUUGAGGCUUUGAAGAAAACUGGUGAUGAAGAUCUCAUGCGUCGUCUCUCUACGAGUUAA